AUCGAAGCAGAGAAGGGUAACGAGGGUAAAUCAUCCAGCAUCAAGCCCGAGGGGAUCCAAGACAAAACCACUGGCUUGAUCUACAUUGACGACAAUGAACCCGAAUUGACCAUCAAAGGACAAGUUCCUUACACCGGAUACUUCGAUCCUGGAACAAAGAGUGCUUGGAUCGAUUACGUAGUCGCUGUUCCUGUGGACAUGUUUUCUGAAAGUGACUUGGUGGAAACCCCUGUGGAUCUUACCAGAGAAUUCAUCGAAAAUUGCGGGCAGAAUCAUUUCCAUUCGGAUUCCACAAGUUCAGGCAAGGAUCUGUGCAAACAAGGAACUUUCUCGCUGACCGUGGAUUACAACAACGGUGCUUUGCCUUGUCAAUGCGAUUUCCAAGGGGCCAUCAGUUUCGAAUGUGACUGGUUCGGAGGUCAAUGUUCUUGCAAAGAAAAUGUCAUUGGCAGGAAAUGCGAACGAUGCAAAACCGGCUUUUUCGGGUUCCCGAAUUGCAAACCCUGCGACUGCCCGUCCACGUCUUUGUGCGAUCCCAUGACAGGGGCUUGCAUUUGCCCUCCGAGAGUCACCGGAGAAAAAUGCGGAGACUGCGACGUGCAAACGUACGGGUUUGAUCCGAUUGUCGGAUGCGAAGAUUGCAAUUGCAAUCCCCUCGGUGUUCAGCAACAAAAUUUGCAAUGCAACUUGGAAACUGGACAGUGCGACUGCAAAGAAAACGUGGUUGGAAGAACCUGCAGUCUCUGUGUUUCUGGCUACUGGAGAUUCCCUGACUGCCAACUUUGUAAUUGCGAUUUAAGAGGAACUGUGGAGGAUAUCUGCGAUCAGUUGACUGCGACUGAUGAUUGGGGAAUUUCGGCGUUCCAAUUUUCCGGCGGUGCUUCGCAGCAAGUCGGUCUCGAUUCCAGGACUCAAUUGAUCACCGAAAAUGACGAAUUGAUGCUUUCGUUGAAAGGCUCCGAUUCUGAAACAUAUUCUGUGUAUUUUGCUGCUGGUGAUGAAUUUUUAGGCGAUCGUCUCGCGUCUUACGGAGGCUACUUGAGGUUCUCCAUCAAGCACGAAAACAGCGGAUCCACAACCGCCUCGAAGACGUCGACUCCGGAUUUGAUCAUCCGAGGCGGAAAUGCAUCAUUGAUUUACUUUUCGGCGAAUAUUCCUUCGUCUGGUGCAUACGUUGAAGAACACGUGCGAUUGAUCGAAUUGAAUUUCCGACAAUCAACGGGCAGUCCGGCGACGAGGGAACAAUUCCUGUUGUUGCUUCACAACUUGGACGGAAUUUUCGUGAAAGCCACGCCACACACUGACACUCCUCGAGCUAGUUUGAAGAACUUCACCAUGGAUUUCGCGACGGAGGAGUUUUUUGCUGGUGACACGCAAGCGACAUCUGUUGAGCAAUGUGCUUGUCCGCCGAGUUACAAGGGUCCUUCCUGCGAAAAAUGCGCCUCAGGGCAUUACAGAACAUCUGCCGGACCUUACGGGGGUUUCUGCGUUCCAUGCCAAUGCAAUGGCCACACGAAUGAAUGCGACCCAGUCACCGGGAAGUGCUUGAAUUGUCAACACAAUACGCAAGGAGAUCAUUGCGACCAGUGCAUCGCUGGUUAUCACGGGAAUGCAACUGGAGGAACGCCUUACGAUUGCCUCAUUUGUGCUUGUCCUUUGCCAACACCUUCGAAUAAUUUUGCCAAUGCUUGCGAAGUUUCACUCGAUGGAUCAAUGAUUCGUUGCGAUUGCAAAGAGGGCUAUUACGGACCUCGUUGCGACGCAUGCGCCGCAGGAUAUUUCGGCAAACCGGAAGUUCCAUAUGAUUUCUGCAAGCCGUGCCAAUGCAACGAUAACACCAAUCCGGAGGAUCCGGCAUCCUGUGACUCGGUUUCUGGAGAAUGCUUGAAGUGCUUGAACAACACUGGAGGAGCUGCUUGUGCAUAUUGUGCACCUGGUUACUUUGGAGACGCAAUAGUGUCCAAAAACUGUCAAAGCUGUUCUUGUGACAAGUGUGGGACAGAACGCUGCAUAUCUUACACUGGAGAAUGCGUUUGUAAGCCGAAUGUAAUUGGCAGCAAGUGUGAAGACUGUGCCCCUGACCACUGGAGAUUUGAUUCUUGCCAGGGUUGUACAGCUUGCGAUUGCGGCAUAGCGUCGGAAAGUACCCAGUGUGACCCAAGCACGGGUCAAUGUAAAUGCAAACACGGUGUCACUGGUCGUGAAUGCGAUAGAUGUGAACCCGGAUUCUGGAAUUACUCGGAAACUGGAUGUGAACGUUGUUUGUGCAACCCUGAAUUUGCGUUCGGUGGUGGCUGCAAUCCGAACACUGGUCAGUGCGAAUGCUUGCGAGGCGUCGUUGGACAGAAUUGCGACAGGUGCCCGCAUCGAUGGGUGCUGAUAAAGAACCAGGGUUGCGAACCCUGCGAUUCUUGUUUGGAUGGAUUGUUGGACGAAACUGACGCGUUGACUACCCGACUGAACCCCGUCAUGGAUGAUUUCGUGGUUUUGGACAGCUUGGCGAAAGCUGAGGACCUGUAUCUGAAAGAAGUGGAUGAUGGAGCUGCUUCGGCGAAAAACGAAGCCGAUAAAGCAGCUUAUCGAGUCUUUGAAGUUGUCAAUCAUGUGAGCAAAGUUGCUGAUGAUCAAGCAACUGGUCCUGGCCCUGCUGUCGACCAAGCUGUUGAACUCGGUGAAGAAGUUCUGAAACGGCUUUAUUCUACGAACAUGACUUUCCUUGAUGAGCGCCUCAAGAAUGAAAAGGCGAAUGCUACUCAAUUACAAGAGGAAAUGGAGCUUUAUCAGGCCCCUUUUGCGGAACAAGCAGCUCGACACGAAGCCCUGGCAGGACAUGCGAAAAAGUUGGAAAGCAAAUUGCAAGAUUUGAACAAUCACAGCAACGAAGCCAUUAGGCAAACCCGAGAAGCCAACGAUAUUUUAAACCGCGUCAGUGGAAUGUCUCAGAGUCGGUUCGAUGUCAGUGCUUUGAUGUUGGCCAACAAGGAAACGGUGGAAAGGGCGAAAAGCAACUUGACAAGUGCUCAGUCAGCUUUCGAGGAUGCCGAAACAUUUUUUGACGAUAUGCCAAAAGAAGAGCAGAAUUUGAACGACGUGGAGCUGGACUUGAAAGAAAAGAUGGAACUUCUUGAAAAACUGCCCAAUGCUGACGUCAUCGUCGGGGCAAAACUUCGCACUAUUACUUUGAAUGCUGAGGAUAUCGUUGAAAGCAUCGAAACCGCGGAAAAGGCUUCUGCUGAUGCGAUCGAUGCUGCGAAAACUGCCAAAGAAAAGAGCGAAGGAGUCGAUCAGAGAGCAACGGAGGCCAAGAGAAAUGCGCAAGACGAACUCGUUUUUGUGCAAGACAACACGACUCGAGCUCUAAAUUUGCUCGCGGAAACGAAAUCGAAUUCUGCUCGCGUCGUUGCUCAAGUCGACGGCGUCAAAUCGAAAGUUGCGUCUCGUCCUGAGGCAGUUGCCGAAGCAGAAGCAGCUGACGUGGCUGCAAAAGAUGCCCUCGACAGGAUUGAAGGCAUUUACGCAGAAAUCCCUGAAAGACGCGAAAGAGUGAAAACUGCGCUGCUUGAUUUCGGCGAUGGCGGCAAGGUCAAAGAGCUGAUCAACAACCGACUGAAUCACGUUUCGCAACUGGCACCGAAACUGAAAGAAAACGUGGUUGAUUUGACAAAGCGUCAGGCAACUCUGCGGCUGUAUGGCGAGGACUUGUCGCAAAAAAUAUCCGAGCUGCGAGACAAUAUCAAGUUGGCACGACGAUUGGCAAACAGUGUUCGAGUCGGAGUGUCGUUCCAGGCCAACACGACGAUUCAAUUGCGCACUCCGGAGAAUGUGCACGAAUCUGCAACAAGCACGAAACUGUCGCUUUAUGUGAACGCAACUGAAUCUGCGAAAAAUGGGUUUUUGGCAUACGUGGGGAACCCGAGUGAAUCUCAACGCCAACUUAAAAAUGCGGACGACUUCAUGGCAUUGGAACUUCGAGAUGGAAGAGCAGUUUUGAUGGUAGACUUCGGUUCAGGGCCGAACUUCUUGUUCAGCGAAAAAGACUUGGCCGAUGGACAAUGGCAUCGAAUAAUCGCCGAAAGGAUCGGGAAAACUCUGACACUCAAAGUUAUCGAUGAAACUGAUGGAGGAACUGAGUCAGUUUCGGAAAUGUCGACAGUGGCCCGAGGAACUCGAGCGGUUUUCAACUGGGACCAACAAAACACAGUCGUUUACGUUGGAGGAUUUCCUCCCGAUGCCAAAAUUCAAUCGGCUGUACUUUACGGAUCAUUUGACGGAGGCGAAAUCGAAGACGUGACUUUGAACGACAUCCCGAUCGGUUUGUGGAAUUUCAAAGAAGCGACUGCUUUGACUGACGGAGCUUUAGCAGGUCGGUCGAGAUACGUGAACAAGUUCAACAUCCGACUGGACUUUAAGACUCAGAGUCCCGAUGGACUGAUUUUCUUGGCAGGAAAGAAGAAGAAAUUCAUGUCCAUCGAAAUGCGAGACGGAAGAAUCAUUUACCAGUACAAUUUGGGCAGCGUUCCUGUGCAAAUAAUUUCCGAGAAUCAAUACAAUGACGGUCAAUGGCACACUUUGGAGGCUGUUCGGCAAGAAGGCGAUGGUUUGUUGACGAUUGAUGGCUUACCAGUUCCGAAUAGCAAUGGAGGCUCGAGCAGACAAAUGGUCAAGUUUCCUCUGCCAAGUCAUCUUUUCUUCGGGGGUCAUCAAGGUCUUCAUGAAUUCCCUGACGUGUCUCAAACCGGAUUCAAUGGAUGCCUCGACAAUGUUUUUAUCGGUGAUGGUGGCAUUGAUUUAUCGCAAAAUGUAGUUGCUGUUGGCACAACCCCUGGAUGUCCCGAGAAGGCUGCCAGGAUGGUUUCGUUCGACGGCGGUGUUCCGGGUUACCUAAAAAUGCUGGACAAUACGAGACCGAACCACAUGCAAAUGACCAUGAAGUUCAAAACAAUCGGACAAAACGGACUCUUGUUCUACUCUGCCAGUGACGACAACUCGGAAUUUACGUCAUUGUCGUUACGUGACGGCAGACUCGUCAUGGAGACACAGGACGACAAAGUGCAAACGGAUGCGGGUCAACAUAGCCUCAAUGACAAGAAUUGGCACUAUGUCACAGCUACUGUUUCUGAUCUGCCCAAUAACGUGGACGUCCAACUGCUGCACCGACGAAUCAAAACGGCGGAAGAUAGUGAUGCAGACAAAUUUGACGUCACUCGGGGCAAGGAUAACGGAGCAGGCGUGAAGAUGUACUUUGGCGGACUUCCGGAAAGUGUGGUACUUCCUAGUGGAGCAUCCGUGGCUGACCAGCCUUUCAUUGGCUGCAUUUCCGACACUACUGUCAACGGACAAUUGAUGAACUUUGCAGAAAAUUCCGACAGUUACGGGGAGCGACUGGAGAAAUGUCCGAUUUUGGAGCCUUCCAAACCAAUCGAAGUUGGUCCAACAGAAGAAAUCCCGGUUGUUCCUUCGUCGAGGCCUCGUCUUCCACCACCGGAUUUGUCGAAACAGUGCGCCUUGCCACAACAACCAGCUGCGGAUCCGGACGUGAAUUCCGACAGCGGAUUCCGAUUUGGCAACUCCAAGGACAGUCGCAUGGAGUUCCAAACCGUGGGCGACCUCAAGAGAAACACCCGAUUUUCAGUUUCCUUCAAGACCUAUGCCCAGGAAGGCGUCAUCUUCUACGUGUCCGACAAAUCCCACACAGACAAGAUCGCUCUGUUCUUGAAGAAUGGAUCGUUGCACUUUGUUUUCAAUUGUGGCACUGGGCCAGCUCUCAUCAAGGAUCCCGUGAGGACGGACGAUGGGCAAUGGCACGUCGUCGAAUUGUUGAGAGAGGCCAAGAACGGAACUUUGAUUGUGGACGGGGAAGUCCGAGCCGAGGGUCAAAGCGUGGGUCACACCGAGUCAAUCAACGUCGAAGCCCCGUAUUACAUCGGAGGAAUGCCCGAACAAGUGGCUGCUUUGGCCAAAAAGGCGAUGAGUGUUCUUGAUGUUGGGAAUUACGUUGCGAAAGGAUUCGCCGGAUGCCUGAAGGAUUUCGAAAUUGAGGGUUCUCCGAUGCAGAAUCCAGUGCGAGAAGUGGACAUUUUGCCGUGUUCAGACAAGGUUGAAACUGGAGUUUUCAUUUCUCCAGAGGGCGGUUACGUCAUCGCUGUGCCGUCGAGUGGAAAGGAUUACAUGGUCCUACAAUUGAUCGAUGGAGCCCUUCACUUCAUAGUUGACAAUGGUGCUGGAAGCUUCAACUGUUCCCUGAAACUCGACGACUCAGUCAGCCUGUGUGACGGCAAUUGGCACAAUAUCCUUGUCGUCAAGAUCUUGAAUCUCGCCACACUGGCGAUAGAUGGCGUUUCUGGGCAAGCCGGGGUCGGGAAACCCGGAGUUUUCGUCACCAACACAGAGGAUCCCUUGUACGUCGGAGGGCAUCCGAAUCCUGUCGGACUUCCGGGAUUUUUGACUACCGAUCAAUACGUGGGUUGCAUCCGGAAAUUGUCAGUCAAUAGCGUCACAUAG